AUGGGAGGAUCUCUUACCUACUCGGCUCAAAGUGAUAUUGACUGCCUCAGAGCUAUAAAAGAUUCUUUGGAAGACCAGAACGGCUACCUCACAACAUGGAACUUCAAUAACAAGUCUGAAGGUUUUAUAUGUUCUUUUAUUGGAAUCGAUUGUUGGCAUCCGGACGAGAACAGGGUCUUGAAUAUUAAGCUUGGGGAUAUGGAACUUAAGGGCGAGUUUCCUCUUGGCGUUGCAGGUUGUUCAUCCUUGACAGGUUUAGAUCUUUCUAAUAACAAGAUUUAUGGAAAUAUUCCAAGUAAUAUCUCUAUGUUACUUGUAUAUGUGACAUUCCUUGAUCUCUCGUCCAACCAGUUAUCCGGAGAGAUCCCUGUCGAUCUUGCAAAUUGCACUUAUUUGAAUAUCCUUGAACUUGACAACAACCAGUUGUCAGGCCAAAUCCCUGCUCAGAUUGGUCUACUCUCUCGAAUGACAAAGUUUAACGUGGCUAACAACCGAUUGACUGGUCAAGUUCCACAAUUCAGUAAUGCUACUGUUCCGCCAGAUAACUAUGUGAAUAAUGCAGGACUAUGUGGCAAACCUUUACCCCCUUGCGGAGUUUCUUCAAAGAAAACCAAUAUUGCAGUCAUUGUUGGGGCGACUUUUGCAGCCUCCGCUGUUGGAAUUGGCAUUUGGAUAGGCAUGUUCUUCUAUUUGCGUAAGGCGUCCAGAAAGAAGAAAGAAGGAAGAAGGUCCUUUGGGCAACAAAUGGGCAACAAAUGGGCAAAGAUUUCUGAAAUUAAAUUGAGUGAUCUCAUGAAGGUGACUAAUGACUUCAGUAAAGGGAAUAUAAUUGGGUUAGGAAGAACUGGAACAAUGUACAAGGCAGUACUUGAAGAUGGCACAUGCCUCAUCGUGAAGAGAUUGCAGGGUAUUCGAUACUCAAACAGCGAAUUUUCGUCUCAGAUGGCUACACUAGCAAAUGUAAAACACAACAACUUGGUUCCACUUCUAGGAUUCUGCACGACUAAGGAGGAGAGACUUUUAGUGUACAGGCACAUGUCCAACGGCAGCCUCCAUGAUAAACUACACUUGAAAGACGGGAACGAACCUAUGGAUUGGCUUUUAAGGCUCAAAAUUGCAAUUGGGACAGCGAAAGGAUUAGCUUGUGUGCUGACAGAUCCUAAAGAGAGGCCUACCAUGUUUGACGUUUACCAGUUUUUGAGAGCUAUUGGACGAAGGUAUAAUUUCCCAACAGAAGAUGACAUCUUCUUGCCACCCGACCAUGGUGAUGCUGAUCAACUAGUCGAACUGAUCGUCUCCCAAGAUCCAUGGAGAUCUAUGAAAGGAUCGAUGUACUAA